AGCAGAGCAGGUUGGGUAGGUUUCAUUCAGCAGGCACCUCCAUUAGCAAAGACUGCCCUUCAUUUGGAAGCAACAAACAAGUGAGAACACUGCUGCCAUUCAGCAAGGGACUGUCCUACGACCGUACUCUCCAUGCUGGCUCCAGCUGAUGAAAAUGUUCCAAAUCCAGAAUCUAAUCAGUUGAUGAGUUAUUCCACCCCCAUAGCUGAACCAGGAAAGUAGAGAAUGACAGGAGGCAGGAGGUUCUUUUCCAUUAUGGAAUGUGGCUGCUUUAAAUGGCUGAAGGAAAAGCGGGAGUCGCCCCAUCUAGUCCUUGUGGUGGUUUUCUUGGCUCUGUUAUUGGAUAACCUGCUUUUAACCAUUGUGGUUCCAGUCAUCCCAGAUUACCUUUAUGAAUCGGAGUUUGUGAAUAAAACUGCAGUUGAAGCCAAGAUGUCCUCCAUUCCUGCACCUGAUUCUUCUUCCUUCCUCAGCCGUUUACUGUAUUAUAGAUACAAUGAGCUUCUGUUCUCUGAUGAACACGAGAAUUCAACUAAGGGUCUCCUGAAGGAACCCUGUAGAAAGGACACAAACUUCCUAAGGGAUGAGAAUGUGCCAGUUGGCUUACUCAUUGCAUCAAAAUCUAUGGUGCACAUCCUGGUGAAUCCCAUUGUAAGUCUGUUCACCAACAGAGUUGGAUAUGGAUUACCAAUGUUUUUUGGAUUUCUCAUCAUGUUAAUGUCAAUCUUCAUGUUUGCCUUUGGUGGAUCAUACGUGUUCCUAUUACUGGCCCGGAUGCUGCAGGGCAUUGGAAGCUCCUUCACUGUUGUUGCAGGUUUGGGCAUGGUGGCAAGUAUAUAUACUGAUGACUACCAAAGAGGAAAGGCAAUGGGAAUCGCUCUUGGAGGUGUUGUCCUGGGGGUGGUUGCUGGACCUCCUUUUGGCUCGGCUCUGUAUGAGUUUGUGGGAAAGGCCUCUCCCUUCCUGUUCCUUGCAGCUUUGGCUCUGCUGGACGGGGCCCUGCAGCUGUUUAUUCUUACUCCAAAAAUAUCACCCGCAGUCACCACUCCUCCAUCUUUCUGUUCCCUGCUGAAGGACCCAUACAUUUUGGUUGCUGCUGGGUGCCUUUGUAUUGCAAGUAUGGGUAUUGGAAUGCUGGAACCCACCCUGCCCAUUUGGAUGUUAGGAAGCAUGUGCUCCCCAGACUGGCAGAUUGGUUUGGUAUUUUUGCCAGCCUCCCUUUCAUACCUUGUUUGCACCAAUGUGUUUGGAAUUCUUUCCCACAAGUUUGGGAGGUGGCUGUGCUCUCUUCUAGGAAUGGUACUGCUGGGAAUCUGCCUUCUCUGUAUGCCGCUAGCAUUCAAUAUUCUUGGACUCAUUGCUCCGAUUGCUGGCAUCGGGGUUAGCCUUGGAAUAGUGGAUUCUUCCAUAAUGCCAAUCAUGGGCUAUCUAGUAGACUUGCGGCAUUCCUCGGUUUAUGGUGGAGUAUACGCUAUUUCUGACAUCGCUUUCAGCUUUGGCUAUGCAAUAGGCCCCUCCGCUGCUGGAGCUAUCGCAAAAGCCAUUGGAUUCCCCAUGUUAAUGGUGAUCAUUGGUGUUCUUAAUAUCAUCUAUUGCCCCUUAUGUGUUUUACUGCGCAACCCGCCAAUGAAGGAAGAGAGGAGGGCCCUCUUAAACCACGAAUCCAUAGUACCUUCCAGGUUAAUGAAAAAAUCCCAGACACAAGACUGAUGACAGUUAUAGAAAGCUUUAUAUGUCUGACCGAUGAGCUGACGACCAAAGUAUUCAUCUGGGAAGCUGGAAGUACACAAGGAUCGCUUCAGCUUUUUUUAGCCUUUGGACUCCCUAUACUGAUAAGUUUUCAUAGACAAAUUUAAGUUUGGGACAAACUCUGUUUUUAUAUGGAAAUAAAUGUUACUACAAUUGCAAGAUAUUGAACUUCUAAAGGUAUAAUGGAGUUGGAGCAGCCCAGGCUCACUGCUUUGAUACAAUGGACACAUGUGGACCUCGGGAAAAUCUCUCUAUCAUCCCAUAUAUUACAGCACAUGGAUAAAUACAUUCAUUUAUUAUAACUGCACAUGUAAGCAGUGCUAAGGAGAGGCUUACUGAAAAAGAACUGGGUCAUUAUGCCUUUUUGGUUCCUCGGGACAAGUCAUUUCAUCAUCAAUUGACUACAGAACCCGACAGUCCUAAAGUACUAAGCACUCUGUGUGAACUAAACUGUGGCUGUAUUCCUACACUAUAGCCAGCACUGUAUCUGUACUGAUGAAGGAUGAUGCCCUAUCUUAAUGCUUUAUCUUAGUUAUCUAUAGUUUUGCUAUGUAUACGAAUACAAUUAAUUUAUGAGC